UUCCCUCUCGGACGCUUUCUUUUGUGCCUCUCUUCUUCCACCGUUCCGUUUAUCAGCGAGCAGCGCCCCCGCGACGGGCGGAGCGGACCAGCGAGCGCCGGCGGAGGCAGUGGAGAUGGCUGUGGAGGAUGAGGCGGAGGAUUUCGGCGUUGGGGACCUGGAAAGGCGGGUGAUGGCGGCGGUGAAGGCGUCGGAGGAGCGUGGGGACCCGCUGCUGGCGCGGGCGGUGGAGGUGGGCCGGUCCGUCCGGGAGAAGGGGCUAGGGUUCCCCAGCCCGGAGCUAGGGCACGUCCUUGUCUCCAAUCUUUGUUUCUCCCACAACACCCCUUCCCUUUGGAAGCUCCUCGACCAGGUUAUGGCCUCUCGCCUUAUCUACCCACUCCACGCCCUCGCCCUCCUUGCUCGCAGAGUUAUUCCUCAUCGCCGGGCACAGCCGGAGGCCUACAGGCUGUACUUGGAGCUCUUGAGUCGAUAUGCGCUGUCGCCUCCUUUGGUGGAGGCUGGGCCUUGCAGAGACAAGAUAGUUAAAUCUGUUGAUGAUUCUCUACAACUUUCACGUACAUAUGGGGUUCACCAAAUGGAUUUUGGACAUGCAGUAGUUUUGUCCAUCUUGAGUUUCAUGACAUGUUUGAUCGACUGCACACUAGAAGACUGUGGCUUUCAAUUGCCGUUCAGAGAUAAACAUGGAAACUUUUAUGCUAAUGAAGGACAUCAAGUUAUGGAGAUAGAUGUUAAAGAAAGUUCAGAUGAGAGGCGGAACAGGCAUCGUGAACAGCUACGUGGAACUAAUGCUCUUUUGGCUAUAGAGGUGGUUGGGAAAAUUACUUCAAAUAAAAAGGCCAAAGUUUUUCUCCGUCUCUUCUAUCUCAAUAUGCCUGAGAAGUUCAAUGAUCUAUUGGAGAGACUGCAGUUUAUUGAAUCGCAUAAAUCAGCCUCACAAGCUUUACUAUCUGCAAAUCAUAUAUUAGAUAGCUUGUCUGCGAACAUACAGAAGGCUAUGGACUGGGAAUACAAGUUAAAUAGACAUCAGCAUCUUGGAGUUCUGUUUGAUGAUGGGCCCAGUAGCUUGCUCUCAUGCCACAUUUUUGGCGCCAGUAGGGAUGCUUGUUGGAUUACUUUUGACAUGUUUAUGGAGAAUGCAAUGGAUGGGAAGCAACUCCAUCCUAUAUCUGCCAUUGAAAUACUUACAGAGCUGACCAAGUCACUCAAAGUAAUGAAUCAAGCAAGCUGGCAGGAGACAUUUCAAGCUCUCUGGAUUUCAGCUCUUCGACUUAUACAGCGAGAUCGUGAGCCUCUGGAAGGACCUAUACCUCAUCUCGAUGCACGACUUUGCAUGCUAUUAUCUAUUGUUCCUUUGGCAAUUGUUCCUCUUGUGAAAGAUGAAUAUGAAAUGCCUUCUCUUAUAAACAAUGGCAUAACCAGAAGCUGCGUAAAGGGAACUGAAGGAAGCAAUUUUGCUUCUAAAAAACAUGGAUUAAUAUUCUCUCUUCAGGUUUUAGGACAGUUUUCUGGGCUUUUAUCACCUCCUCCAUCAGUGGUCAAUGCAGCUAAUAGUGCAGCUUCAAAAGCAGCAACGUUCAUUUCUAAUUUAAAGACCGGAAGUGGUAACCUUGGUGCUCCCAAUCGCAACGAUUCUUCUGUAAAAGCAGUUGGAAACAUGCUGCAUCUUAUAGUUGAAGCCUGCAUUGCAAGAAACUUGAUCGAUACAUCUGCCUACUUUUGGCCUGGCUAUGUGGUUCCAUUGACACCAUCAAAGGAUUCACUGUUAGUUCAAGAGUCCCCUUGGUCAACCUUUAUGGAUGGAGCUCCACUAAACAGUUUGCUUAAAAAUGCUCUUAUGGCAUCUCCUGCUACGAGUGUAGUGGAACUGGAGAAAUUGUACCAUAUUGCACUAAAUGGAUCAGAAGAAGAAAAAUCAGCUGCUGCAAAGAUUCUAUGCGGCGCAUCCCUUGUUCGUGGCUGGAAUAUUCAGGAGCAUGUGGUGCGCAUUGUGGUCAAGCUACUGUCUCCACCUGUGCCUCCUAAUUCUUCGGUAUCUGGAAGUGGGAGUAAUUUAAUCGGUCAUAUGUCUAUGCUCAGUGCUAUUUUAUUUGGUGUUUCUUGUGGCGAUGUUAUUCAUAUCCUCUCUUUAUAUGGUGUGAUUCCAGAUGUUGCAGCCGCUCUGAUGCCACUUUGUGAGGCUUUUGGGUCACUACCGCCCCCAUUCAAUCAUAGAUCAAGCAUCUCUGAUGAGACUUCUGUUUAUGCAGUCUUCUCAUGUGCAUUUCUCUUUCUUCUUCGCUUAUGGAAAUUUUAUAAACCUCCUCAUGAGCACUGUUUGGCUGGUCGCGGAGGCCCUGUCAGUUUGGAAUUGACUCUGGACUAUCUCUUAUUGAUGCACAACAGUCGCAUUGCUUUGCAAAAUUCUAGUGCUAUCGGUAGGGUGGGAAGUAUUACAGAUCCAUUUCAGUCAACACCCAGUCAGCCAGUGUAUAUCGACUCAUUUCCAAAGCUGCGUGCUUGGUACUUUCAGAAUCAAGCUUGCAUAGCCUCGACUCUUGCUGGCCUGUGCAAUAAAAAUCCAGUUCAUCAAGUUGCCAAUAAGAUUUUGAAUAUGAUUUAUCGAAAAAUGCCUAAAGCUGGAAGUGUUUCUGGUAAUCCUUCGUCAACUUCCAGUAGCAGUAUAAGUGGAUCCCCCAUGAAUGCAACAGAAGAUGCUCAUCAAAGGCCCACACCAACUGCAUGGGAGUUUCUAGAAGCUGUUCCCUUUGUUCUUGAAGCUGUAUUGACUGCAUGUGCCCACGGAAGGCUUUCAUCCCGGGACUUGACUACAGGUCUGAGGGAUCUUGUGGAUUUUUUGCCAGCUUCUCUUGCCGCUAUUAUCAGCUAUUUUUCGGCAGAAAUUACUCGUGGAAUCUGGAAACCAGUUCCAAUGAAUGGGACUGACUGGCCAAGCCCUGCUGCAAAUCUUCUCUCGGUUGAAUCUGAAAUAAAGGAAAUUCUUGCAUCUGCAGGGGUUCAUAUUGCCAGCUGUUAUCCACGUGGGAUGCCACCGAUGCUUCCGUUACCGUUGGCAGCCCUUGUGAGCUUGACAAUCACAUUUAAACUCGACAAGAGCCUAGAGUACGUCCAUGGUAUUGUGGGCCAGGCAUUGGAGAAUUGUGCAGCAGGCUGCUCAAGGCCGAGUAUGCCCAUCAUAGGAGCCCUGUGGACCCAGAAGGUUCGGCGGUGGCAUGACUUCAUUGUCCUAUCAUGUUGCCUCUCCCCCUUCAUUGGAGACAAAGAAGCUGUUACCCAGCUGAUCAGAAGUUGCUUCUCCUCCUUCCUUGGACCCUCUAUAACUGGAGGAUCUCUCCUUUCUGCCAAUCGGGGAGUAAAUGGGCUGUUGGGCCAGGCAUUGGCCGAUCAGGGGGUCCGGCUGCCUAUUGCCCCAGGUUUUCUCUACCUCCGCACAUGUCGUACAUUCCAUGACACUCGUUUUGUCACUGAUGUGAUUCUCAAGCUGGUCAUUGAGUGGGCCAACAAACUAGGGAAUGAAUGGGCUUGCAGUAGACCUGCUCGCCUGAGAUCUGGUCGGAUGUCGCUUGCUGCUGCUGUUUCAGGAGUUAAAGAGGUGGCAACUUUAGGGGCAAGCCUGCUUUGUAGCGUUGGCGGAGUCCAUCUAGUCCAAGCGCUGUAUGAGGAGUCCUUGCCCACAUUGUUGCUGUCUGCUGGGGAGAAGCUGGGUGGUGCUGGGCCAGUGUCCAAUAUCUUGGAGGGCUAUGUGAUGGCAUAUAUGGUGAUCUUGUCAGGGGCCUUCGUAUGGGGAAUUGGAAAUACUUCUCCUGCCUACACAUCUGUGUAUUCAUCAAAGCGAGCCCGAGUGAUAGAAAUGCACAUGGAUUUUGUGGCUGGUGUUGUGGAGGGGAACAUAUCCCUGGGGUGUGACCCAGCAAUGUGGAAAGCAUACGUAUCCUGCUUCGUGGGCUUGCUGGUAAGUUUUGUUCCGACAUGGGUGCCAGAGGUGAAGCAGCUAACUCUGCGUAAAUUGGCCAGUGGGUUGAGGGGUUGGCAUGAGUGUGAUCUGGCUCUCUCGCUGCUUGAGCGAGGGGGACCUGCAGCCAUGGAUGCAGUGGUAGAAUCUGUGUUGUGAUCUAUCUUCUGAUGGCACUGUAGUGGUUUUGAGUCUCGUCUAGUGGAUACGAUUGUAAAUUUUUUGGAAAACUUCUUGGUCCGUUCCUGGCCUCGCUUCUGACCAAACUGCUUUGCAUAAAGUUUCAGCUGGGUCUGGCAGCUGCCUGGAUGAAACUUGAAUAGCAUGCGACCAUGGAAAAAACAUAUGGAUCCAGUGUUGCCAUAGCAAAGAACAUAUAGGUUCCCCUUCUGUACAGUAGAUUUUACAAACAAGUCCAGAUUGGAGCUUUAGUCUUCUAUCAAUGUAGGAACCAGGUUGAUAACAAAUCUGAUGUGGUUGUAGCAAGGUGGCUCUUUUCAUUUUAUAUCUGCAAGGUAGUAGCAAUGCAAUUUGUAGGACUCUUUUCAUAAAGAAAUCAAAUUUUAUUCUGGAGUCAGAUUGUCUAAUGUUCA